AUGAUAUACGACUUCAUGCAGCUUACAGAUGCGGACAAGGUCAUGUGCACGAUAUUCAUGUUGCGAGAUGAUGCACGAGCAUGGUGGGAAGGUGCACGGUUGAUAGUGGAUUUGACUACAUUGACUUGGGCUGAUUACAAGGAGAUAUUCUACGGGAAAUACUUCACCGCUGACAAUAGAACCCGACUGGCAAGGGAGUUCUUGGAGCUUCGCCAGGGAGAUUUGAUAGUGGCUGAGUACGUCAGGAGGUUCGAGAGGGGAUGCUACUUUGUACCCAUGAUUGCCAGCCAACUAGUCGAGGAGCUGAAGCACUUUAUAGAGGGAUUGAGAGCUACCAUUCACCAUGACGUUAGACUAAGUCGGGCCACUACCUUCAGGGAGGUAGUUGAUCAAGCACUGAUGCCUGAAAGGGACAGGAAUGACAUGAUCAAGGAAGCCCAGAACAAUAGAUGGAGUUAUCAAGGAAGGGAUCAACAGGAGUCUGUUGAGGGUACUGCUACCAAGGUCGAGAACAAAGUUCGGUGCCUCAAGUGCGAGAAGAUUCAUGCUAGACAGUGUCUAACGGGUUUCGAUGGUUGCUAUAUGUGCAAGAAGACAGGGCAUUUUGGUAGGGACCGCCCUCAGCUCAAGGAGCCAACCAAAGGAAGGGUAUUUGCCAUGACUCAAGAGCAGGUGGAUCUAGAUGCGACCUUCAUCAUGGCUUACAUUACAAAAUUGGGCAUUACGCCUGAACGAAUGAUUAAGGGAUAUAGUGUUUCUUUGUCGUCUGGGGAGGAACUACACAGUAACAGGGUGGUAAGGAAUUGUCAGAUGAUGAUGCAAAACCGUAUCGUGGGUACAAAACUUAUCGUGCUGGAUAUGGUGGAAUUUGAUGUAAUCCUCGGAAUGGAUUGUCCCAAGAUCGACCUUCCCUCACAUGAUUUCGAUGUGUAA